AUGCUACCAGAGUUUAUCUGCAACUUUCUCGCCACACUGGCGCAUCCACCCUGGACAAACGCAAUAAGACACAACAAUAACCAACUUUUGCGAUUCAAUACACUACCAGCAGAGCUUCAACUUCGCGUUCUUACCCUUUGCUCUGCUUCUACUCUCUUUCAACUUAUGAGAGUAUCUUCUGGUCUCCGAAAAGAAGCUAGUAAACUCUUUUGGGCUCAUCCAGACGCGUACUUUGUUAUUGAGGCACAUUGGCUCCUUAAUGGGGGUUACGCUGGCUAUAAUCAUAAAGAUCUAGCCUUUCUAGCUAAAGCGGAAAACAUCCAGGUCGAUUAUGACUUUGGGGUAGACGAUAUUAUCUGCCCGUCAGGCGAUGAAACAGUGGAGGUUCAGCAGGAUCAAAUCGCAAGGUUCUGGGAGAUCUUUGAAAAGAGAUGUCCAAGGGCUAGAAAUGUGAUUAUCAACCGGACUUGGACGCCACUAUCAAACAGAAAAGAAACACACUGUAUUCCAAAGGGAGCACAGCUUCUAGUUGAAUCAUCACCACCAAGAGUUUCAGCGUCUGCAUUUGUUGCUGAGAGAGCCAAUGUUGCAGCUAGCAUAGACGCAAGCGGCCUCUCUACGCAGAAGUGGCAAAGAGCAGUGUACCACCUCUGUCCAGACGGGUUGUGGAAAAAGAGCAAGGUCAGGCAAGACUGGAAGGCAGUGCUUAUACCGCCUAAGAAAUUUCUAGGCCCAGUCGGACGUUUCUUUGAGUUUCAGUAUAGAGGAUCGCUUCUUUUCUUAGAACAAUUGGGGUUAUGGCCAAUUGCAGUAGAGGCAUUAGAUCGGUGGCAUUUUGAGGGGAGCAAGGACAGCCCUUUCGCUUGUCCAGUAGCUGGGUGCGAUGGGUAUUUUCAAAAGGCAGGAGAGUGGACGAGGCAUGCCGCGGAGUUCCACAACCAGGAUCGGAUAGUAGAUGAGUGUAUGAAUCUACUUCCGCCAGGUGUACAAGUAGAGUUGGAGGAUCGUAGAGCUAAGCUAGCUGAGAAGGAAGCCAAGAUCCACCAAGAUGCUAACAAGAUAUACGAGGAGUGGGAUAUAGCAGGAGAGAAAGGGCAAAAUAAAAUGAAGCGUAUGUGGCAGGGGCAGCUUAGCGACGAUCCAGCCUGGGAGACAGGAGCGGAGAGUUGGGGGAGUAACCAAAUUUGGCAGGAGUUAUAUAGAGAGUUUUGGCAGGAGAAGGAUGAUUAG